GUUCGCCUUUCUUUUUCGUAUGAUUGUGCAGGACUGAGAUGACCUCCAAUUAAUUUUUCCUUUUUUUGGUAUUUUUUUGUUUUUUGUUUUUUGAUUUAACAAUUUUUAUUAAUGAUGUUUGCGGCAAUUUAAAUAAACUACAGUCUGUGGAAAAAUCAGAAUGACAGGUGGAAAAAAGGUACAGGCUCAAACCCAUCAGUUUUCCAUUCCUGGACUUUAUGGAAAAGAUUCAUUGUCUGCUGAUGAUCAAGAAUUGUAUGAGCUAUGCAAUUUGUCUGGUGUAAAUCUCAGCCCUGCUGUGUACAAGAUCCUCAUGGACUUGCUGAAAAUGAAUGUUUCUCCAGUUGCAAUUACCCAAAUGUUGAAGACAAUGACACAUGGAACACCAUCAGAAAUCGCAAUUCCGCCCUCGCAGAGUCUUACUGAACAACCUAAUAAACCGGUCAUGCCAACCAAGUCGUCUUCUUCCUCAAGCAUGCCAAAUAUCUCAAGGAGUAGAAAUGGUCGCAGCAUGAAACCAAGAGAUUCACAAAAAUAGCAUUACUUGAAUGUAAAGAUAGAGUGGGGAUAGAGUACAGACCUGUUAUCUUCGGAUUUGACUUAUUUUAUCAAACUAAUACACUGUACGUGGCGAGUUUGACCAUUGCCAAGUCCUGUACUGUUUAAUUUUCCCUUUCGUCAAAUUUCAAUAGUGCACCAUCUUUCAGACCAGAUGUUUAAACCGUUGGCCCACAUGCAUUUUAAAGCCUCCCGGCGUAUUGCACAAUCACCACCAGAAGGACCCCACUGGAAAUAAGUCUUUCAUGAGUGUUUACACUGAAUAAAUCCAAUCCAACAUACAGUAUUCUGCGGAUUGCACUCACACCCCUUAUAUUGAUACACCACCGUGAACAUUGUGAUGGCCUGUGUGAAGGGUGCCAGUUGGUUACUAAGACUAAGAGGAUUGUCUUCCGAUCCCUCCUCCGCCUUUUUGCGUGUCAUCUUGGUUUAAAAUGUUGUAAAUAACUUUACAUUUCUUAAAUUUUGUAUGUACAGUACAUUAUGUUAUUAUUUUAUGCAAGAGAAUAAAAAAAGUAUACAGUAGAUAGAUCAAUAGCAUUUUUUUUGUGUGUUUAUUUAAUAUCAUCCAAUUGUAAAUCUUAUUCUAAUAUUCACAACAGAAGCAGUGUAUAAAACGAAAUAUUAUAUUUGGCCUCAUUUAUUUAAAAAAGAUUCUUUCUCCUGCCUGCGACACUUUUAAUAAUACAGUAUAUAACUCAUAAGACAAUCAAAGGAAGUCACUAAGUGAUUUUAAUGUUAUUACCCCUGGUCAUUAGAUCCAUAUACUGUAUUGUUAGACCAACACAUUUGGUUGAACCUUUUAAUAAAUUUAUCCCACAAAAUUUAUCUAAAAAAUAUAUACUGUAUAAAAAAUUGUUCAACAAAGACAUGUCUGAACAAAAAAGGUAAAUACCAUAUUUGACUGUACUAUUUAAUUACAAAUACAAUUAGAUUGAUUCUGAUUUUAUCCACUUUUGACCAUCUAGCUUGAAUAUAAUGUAAAAUAUAAACUCCCUUGAUUUCUUAUCCAAGAAGGUUAGGGUGGGCUUUCUGAUAGUGUUCAAGGAAAAAAAAUAUUAUAUAGAUAAAACAAAAUUGUUCAUUCGGGGUAACAAAGUCAAUAGGAGAAAGACCUGUAAUUAAUCUACUGUACUGAAAGGCAGGGGUGGCGCCAGGAUUAUAUAGGACAUAUAAUUUGUUUUUCUCCUCGACAAAUUAUGCUUUUUCUACGGGGGACCCUGGCCUCUCCGCUGGCGCCACCCCUGCUGAAAGGACACCUAUUCUUUUAAAUAUUCUAUGCAGAGCCUACAGCUGAUUGAAUCAUCUUGUGUACAAGCCAAGUCUGCUAUGAAUAUUAAACAAAGCAGAUUAUGUACCUAAAAUAAAAUACAUAUUGUACAUGCAAUUGUUACUUGCAAGAUAGAAAAUACAUAUUAGUGUAGUAAAUUCUAAAGUGCUUUAUAGAGCAAGAGAAGAUGGAGGACAUUGAGGAGCUAAACAGCCAGCAGUGACCAGUGGCGGCACUAGACGGGGAGGGGGGGUGUGCCAAGGGGGAAUUUUCCUAGAUCUUCUCCCACGCAUUUUGCGGGAAAAUUGAACAUUUUAAGAUUGGCCAACAAAAUGAAUUGCUCCAAUCAGUCUGUCAUUUCAAGGCCACUGUCCACUUAAAAAACAAAUCAUUUAACAAAAUAUUUACAUUUUUAAUAGAUAUACCGAGCAUUUAA